CUUGAAUUGCAACACUUCAGUUUGUCAGAACUCACUAUGUCUGUGAUAUCAUCUCCUUUUCUGUGAUCGGUUUUCAAGAUUGUACGGUUAUCUGUAGUGUGCGAGUUCUCACAUGACUUGUCCUGAGAACAUGUUUUUCCUCAUUGUCCUCUUUAUGUCAGGUGUUUUGGCCUGUUUUGGCCAACGACAUAUGAUCGCCACAAUGCCAGAUAAACUGGAUGGACUGACUGGCUCCUGUGUGGAAAUCCCAUGUUCAUUUGAUAUUCCUGACCAAAAUAAGUAUAAAUUUAACAGUGCAAUACUAACCUCUGGAGUGUGGAUUAAAGAAUCACCACAGUUUGGUGGGCGUCCGGACAAUGUGAUAUUUAACAGUAGUGUGAAAGACAACAGAUAUCAAGGGAAUAUAACUGGAAACAUGUCCCAGAAGAACUGCACCACAGUCUUCUUCAAUGUAACCACCAAUUACACUAAUAAAUACUUCUUCAGGAUUGAGAGUCAACCAUUCCGUGCAACAGAUCCUGAUAAGUCUGUUGAUAUAGUUGUCAGAGAUUUGCCUUCCAGUCCCAUCAUUACUGUCUCAGGUGAAGUGAAGGAAGAGACCUCUGUCAGUUUUAACUGCUCUGCUGUCGCUCCCUGUCCUGAACACCCCCCUGAGCUGACAUGGACUCUCCCAACACAGUUCACAACUGAGAAUCAACUGCAGGAGAAUCCAGACCAAACCAAAUCAGUUCUCUCCACGGUGACCUUCACUCCAUCAUACCUUCAUCAUGAGAAGAACAUCACUUGUACUGCAGUCUACCCAGUAGGGUCAAACAACAAGACAGCUGAACAUAAUAUGAUGCUUAACGUUUCAUUCUCUCCUAAGAACACCUUGGCCUCCAUCAGUCCAGCUUGGGGAUAA